CGACAGUUAAAAUGCAGUUUCCGUGCCCAAGUUCCUGCCACGACUUCCUCGACGUGGAACGCCCUCAACCACAAACACCUUCUCUGCACUCUUCUAACGUUAGAUAAACCGGCGAAAUUCCUGCUUUUCUCUUGAAAACAGCUAAUCUACCGGCGAUUGCAAUGGCGUUCUCAGCUGUAAUUGCAUUAAGAGCACUGUUCACUACCUUGGGUUGCUUGAUGCUCCUCACUCUUAUUUACACCAUCUCCGUCGACGGUCUUCCCUUCCGUAGAGAGCUUUUGACACCGUGGAUGGCGGCAACCCUAGUUGAUUUUUAUGUUAACAUUGUUGCUAUAGCGGUUUGGGUUGCAUACAAGGAAGCAACCUGGGUCGGUGCAGUACUUUGGAUAAUUUUGUUAGUAUGUUUUGGCAGCAUUACCACAUGCACAUACAUUGUCGUGCAACUUUUCAAGCUCUCAUCAGAAAAUAUAAAACAAGAUCCUUUACAUCAUGUUUUGUUGCGCUCUCCAAGCAGGACUACUAUGGAGAGGAGAAAGUUUUCCAGUGUUUUGGUUGCAAGAAUUAUAUUUAGUGCAUUGGGUUGCUUGAUGUUUGCAACUCUAGUUUACACUCUUUUAACUGAUGGUUCUCCUUUCCGCAAGGAGCUUUUGACACCGUGGAUGACUGCAACUCUGGUAGAUUUUUAUGUUAACGUUGUGGCUAUAGCGGUUUGGGUUGCCUACAAGGAAGCAACUUGGAUUGGUGCAUUCGUUUGGAUAGUUCUACUGAUAGGCUUUGGCAGCAUUACUACAUCUGCCUACAUUGUGAUACAACUAUUCCAGCUUUCGUCCCAAGAUCCAUUGCACCUUGUUUUAUUGGGCUCUUCCAACAGGUAACUGAGCUCUAUCUAGGGGGAGAUCGUUUGUGGUGUUUUAUCAAUAUAUUGGAUCUGUAGAGUACAAAAAUUACAGUUUUAAGUUCUCAGAGAGACAGAGUUCCCAAUUACAUGUUUCUUUAUAUGAUUCAUUUCAAUUAAAUUUCACAAUUAUAUGUUUCUUUAUAUGAUUCAUUUCAAUUAAAUUUCACAAUUACAUGUUUCUUUAUGUGUGAAAUACCAACAGACUUGUAACAUGUAUUUCAGUGAUUGUAUAUACUAUCUAAGGCCUGUUUCUAACA